UUGUAGUUUAUAACAAAAGAUAGUGUAUGACCACGCCUCUGACCUGAGGUAUUUGUUGUCACUUCAAAAUACCAAACAUCAACAACAACACGUUGUCAAAAUGCACUACAGUCAAUCUAAAAAUCCCAGUAUGGGUACACCAUCAGUGUACUCGCACAUGACCCAUGCAACGACUCGAUCUUCUGCUGGCUUAAAAUCUGCUCGUUCUAUCAAGUCACUGAAAGUGAAGUGGUAUGAAAAGCCAAUAUUACAAGAUGCCAUUAUUCUUGACAUUCAGAGAGGCUGCCUACUUAUUGCCUUCUAUUCAUUGCUUCUAAGUAUUUUCACUGUUAUUACGGCUCUGUUUGACAUUUACUGUUUGGCAAUGGCUGAGCCGGGUUCAACUCAUUACGGUUACUAUAUCAUAAGCUACCAGUUUGUAUAUGUUGGGAACAAACAUGUCCGAAAUUGCCUCAUUGCAUUUGCCCUUUUCUCACUUAUUAUGGGUUUGGCAGUGCUUGUUACAAGCUGCAUUCUCAUUUCUGCUCUAAGAAAGGAACAUGAGCAUAAGAUGGUACCUUGGUUGUAUGCAUUUGCUGUCUUCACACUUUUCCGCCUUUUUGCCUUUUUGUUUGCGUCAAUUGUCAAUGAUCUCAUUUUCGGCUACAACAUUCUCAUGACGCUUUUGUGGUCUUUGUUUUCAAUUAUAAAUGUAUAUGGAUGGGUUCUUAAUUAUUCUCUAUUCCUGGAAUUGCGACAACUGUCUAAAAUCGAGGAUUAUGCUCACUUACGGAUGGGGACUAUGGCAUCUUUAAAUGCAUCAACUACUAAUUCUCUUGCUGGAUCAAGACCCACUACGCCUCAUGGUACUGUGUCCACCUCACCUAUUCAGUAACUAUUAUGUCAUUAAAUUUUAAAGAUCUCCUCUGUAAUCUCAUUUUUUAAAAAGUGAUUGUACGGUAGAUCCAAUCAGGUGACACUGUGACUUGAAUUGAGAGAACCAGGCCAAAUAAGGCCCAGUCACCCAUUGUAAAAUACACUAUUGUGUACUUAUUCUGACUUCUAAAAGAUGUCAUUGAAAUAAGAGUUUCAAUCUUUUUAAAGUGAUUUCAUCUCUUUAUAUAAUUAUCACAUUGAAGUGUUAUGACUCAAAUGUUUCAUAUGUUUUAUUACUUUAACUCUAGCUAUUAUAAAUCAACAAAAGAUAAAUAUUCCUGUGAGGUUUUUGCCCUCAGGUGUAUUGCGCACAUUUACUGAGCUGUUUAAUGAGCAGUCUUGUAUUUUAGAAAUUUUUCACAUUGUGCCUUCAGCAAUGUAUUUAUAUCUACAGAUUCGAUUAUUUUACUACAACUAACAUUAGACUGAUAUCAGAGUACUGAACCAUCCGUCCACAAGAUGCGCUUCUUUUCUUAACAAUAUUUUUAAAAAUAUUACGAUUACCAGUAUGUUAGUUUUAGAACUAUUUUGUUUUCACAAUGUUGCUAUAUUUUAAGUGUACAGUUUUCACCCCUUUAAAAACUAAAUACUUUAUCAUUUGUUUAUACACUCUUUAGAAUCUUCCUGAAUAGAAGUGAUUAUUCAAAAUUGUAACUAUAUUGAUAUCUUAUGAAUUGAUUGUGUUCAAAGAAAUGGAAAACUUGAGCAUGUUGAAUUAGAGUUCAGGGUGAUCUGUUUGUUUCCUCUUACCAGUAUUUGAGUUUGUGGUUUGUUAUGUUUAAAAUCAUAUUUUUUUCCAAAAGUUUUUAUUAUUGUAACUCCUUACUGAUAAAAGCACAUCAGUGCAGUUGUUUGUGGUCCAAUGUACCCAAUAGAAAUAUGGAUGUCUUUUUCUCGCUUGUUUUUGACUGCUCCGUCCAUUUUACUUAACUGUAAAACUUAAUUGUCUACUGAACAAAAGAGAAGACCCUUUUUUUUCUACUGCCAUUUCUUUUUUUAGUUUGUAUGUGAUGACGAGAGUACAUUCCAUCCACUGUUAGUAUUAUUUCCUUACUUCAUGCACAUUUUGUAUAAAUUUGUAUUGGUCAGUAAAAUAAAAUAUUUACGAUAGAAAGAA